AUGACCAUAAUGCCUACUGAACAGGCUUUCAAAGCCGCCACAGUUCCUCAAAUCUCCUCCCCAAAGUGGGAGUCCUAUGUGUUCAAUAAUAAGGAGUACAUCGUCCAAGUAAUGGCCGUCAACUGGGAGAACGCCAAGAUCCUCUGCCGGGGCUACCACAACGGCACCCUUGCCAUAUUAGACACCAGAGACAAGGCAGAGUUCUUAGCUGAAGCAUUAUCAGAGUCGCAAUUCUCUUUAGCGUCAGUUUGGGUGGGUGCUCGCCGUGAUUCAGCUGAAGAUGCAGCUGGAUAUCGAUGGGGCCCUGGCAUGGAACUCAGAAGAACUGCUCUCGACGUUCUCGGCAGUGAACAGGAUAAUAAUGCCGCCAGACACUAUCCUAUGUGGCUGAACAGGACCCUCGUCCCUGUACCAGAGACGGGAGCUGACUGCGUGGCCUUGGAAAGAGUCAACCAUGACCACCCCGUGUUCCUCGAUCUGCCAUGCCAUUUAGAACGAGCUUUUGCAUGCGAAAGAGGUAUCGAGAACGCCUGGGUGGGAGCCAAGGGGAACCUCGGUCGAUGGUCUUGGAUAGAUACGGGAGUCAGCCUAUUCCAGAUGCCAGAGUUUACAGACGCUACGCCAGGUACCUGGCCACCUAUGAGGGACAGAAACAACAUCAAACAAAGCGGUUGCCUUCAACUGGAUAGACACGAGUCUCAUUCCCCUGUCUUCCUGGAGUCGCGCUGUGAAAGGAAGAUGCAAUUCAUAUGUUAUGAAGGCACAGGUUCUCAAACAAUAACGCCAGCGACACCUAGCGACGACAUGUAUUACUAUGUGUUGGUAAGGCAAUUAUUAUACUGGCAACACGCAAACCAGAAUUGCGUAAAACUGAACGGAACCCUCGCGUAUUUUGAUAACAACGACGCUCUGAUACAACUGCUGCUUGUUAUGGGGGAGAAUAAAGAAGAACCAAUCGAACACAUCUGGAUCGCUGGGCGUCUGAAUAUGACGAAAGAUAUAUUAACUGACACCGUCCGUUACUCCUGGUACAAUCCCAACAAUGGGAAAAGAAUCCCAGACCCCAAGGCAGCAGACAGCUUCCACCCAGGAACAUAUAUGCCGCCGUGGUUGGAUGAAGAAUACACAAUGGACAACUCGUGCCUAAACUUGGACCGACAAGAUCACCUCAUUGGCCUUGUUUAUGGAUUGCCAUGCGAUACAGCGCAGUAUUCUAUUUGUAUGAUAGAAAAAACACCAAAAAGGGCGGUAGUUAUACCAGCACCGGCCGUGCUGCCGCCGCCCACGACCUCCGCUGUCCCGCAGCCACCGGUCACUGCUAUCACUGAAGGAUACGAGUCGCCAUGA